AUGUUACCAGAUUUCAACUCGAAUCAUUGUAAAGAUUUCUUCAAUGUGGCAACACUUUCUGUCGUUCACUGUUUUCAUUGUGCAAAUUUAAUUAGAGACAAGAAACGACUCCAAUAUCGUAUGAGCUCGCAUUGCGAUUGGACGAGGGUCGGAAGGCAUAUCGACUAUGUGAUUGGAGAUUGCGGCAGUGCGUUGCUUAGUUACCGUGAUGGUGUUGAAAAAUUUUCUUUUUCGUUUGUCGUUGUGAAAAUGGAAAAACUUUAUCCACCCUCGUAUGUUUACUGA